CUUCAUAUUUGCGGAUGAGAUAUUUGGAGUGAAACAGGAACAGAAUACGUAGCAGACUAGCGCCGCACUUGCAGCCCGAUGGAAGCAACUCUUUGCUUCACUCACGUCCCGUUUGGUACCAGACCAGGAAAAAUUAGAGGUAAAUGCAGACAGUAUAAUAUUCAACUGUGCCAACCCUUACGUGCAAGAACUUAUGUUUCUUUCAAGACAAAUGUAGUAGAAUCAAGCAGAAGCAGUUUUUGGUUGCACAAAAGGCCUUUUCUAUCAAGAAAAAUCAAGAAAUUCACCAUCAAUUCAUCAGAUCAGCUCCAGAGUGACUAUGUGAAUGUUGAGCCAAUGUCUGAACAAGAAGCUGUACCACUAAGAGCUGGUGAUGGGGCUGGUCUUCUCAGUUUUCAUGAUGCCAAUAACUUUAAUACUUUGCAGUCCAAGCCUAAAAUGUUUCAGAACAGGUUUCUGAAUUUUGUACGCAUAAGUUCUGUACUGAAUAAUGCUGCUGAAUCAUUUUUUAAGAGCGAGAUAAGGCGGAGGUUAUUUGUGACAGCUGUACUACUCGUAAUCAGUCGUGUUGGAUAUUAUAUCCCUCUGCCUGGUUUUGACAGAAGGUUGAUGCCCCAAGAUUAUCUUAGCUUUAUCUCGGGAUCUGUUGAUGAACUUGGUGACUUCACCGCAGAGCUUAAACUGUCAUUUUUCCAGCUUGGAAUCAGCCCUCAGAUAUUAGCAUCUAUACUUAUGCAGGUACUGUGUCAUGUGGUUCCAUCCCUGGUAAAGCUACGAAAAGAAGGCUUAGAUGGCCAUGAGAAGAUUAAGAGUUAUAUAUGGUGGAUGUCACUUGGCUUUGCAAUAUUAGAAGCUUUGGUGGUUUCUUGUUAUUCACUUCCAUAUUCUAUUUAUGCAGCUAGUUACAGGGUCAAGCAUGUAAUGGUGACAGCUUUUUUAUUGGUAUGCGGUGCAAUGACUACGACAUGGAUUUGUGAUACAAUAUCAGAAUCUGGAUUUGGUCAAGGUUCGUCAUUAAUUAUAUGUGUGGGAAUUCUGACUGGUUACACUGAUACACUAUACAAGAUGCUGUGUCAGCUCUCAGGAAGUGCUGUUAGUUGGUGGCCAUAUAUGUUUGCAGUGUUGGGUAUUUUUACCAUAGUCACUAUGUGGGCAGUUGUUGUGACUGAAGGCUGCAGGAAAAUAAAGCUGCAAUAUUAUGGUUUUAAACUUGCUUCUGCUGCAAGGGAUGAUUCCCCAAUUACCGAAGUGGAGCCUUAUAUCCCUUUUAACAUUAAUCCAUCAGGAAUGCAGCCAGUUCUUACUACAACUUAUCUCUUGGCAAUUCCCAGUAUUCUUGCAGGCAUUCUUGGUUCACCUUUCUGGGAGCAUGUUAAAGAGAUAUUGAACCCUGAAACUUCUCUUGGUGCAGAGCCAUGGGUUUACUAUUCAAUAUAUGGGCUUUUUGUCUUUUUAUUCAAUAUAUUUGACAUUGCCAACUUGCCAAAGGAGAUUGCAGACUACUUGAAUAAGAUGGGUGCCAGGAUACCAAACAUAAAACCUGGGAAAGCUACCAUCGAGUACCUCACAAAGAUUCAGGCAUCAACACGUUUCUGGGGAGGCUUGUUGUUGAGUAUUUUGGCAACUACAUCAACCAUGCUUGAUCAUUACUUGCGUCAUAUCAAUGAGGGAUUUGCAAUAGGGUUCACAUCAGUUUUGAUUAUUGUGGGUUCCAUUAUUGACCUAAGAAGAUCUUAUCAGGCUUAUAAUGUAAUGCCAAGUUUAAGCAAAGCUCUAAGGCGGUAUGGUGUAUAACAUCUGAUUAAAGUGGCUGUGCAGGGAUACAAACUUGUGGCUGUGAUGUAUAUGAGAGCGGCUGCCUUCCAAGGAAACUAUGCCUUUGGAUUAUUCAUUUUAUUAAUUAUGCUUGAGAGUAGAUUCCGGAGCUUCCUUUUUUGCACAUGGCUUCUAGGCCUUACAGAAAGGGAUCAUGUUUUAGGUUUAGCUGGUGUCAUAAUUGGUUGAGUGGAUGAAGGCGCAGCUAAAUUCCAUGCAAGCUUGGAAUAGGAGAUCCAGAUUUCAUGUAAAAAUUUUGGAUUCAUAGAUUGAUGUGCACUGUAUCAGUAGUGUGUGAGUUGAAAUGAGCGCUGUCGAUUGGAUUUGCAGCGCUUAAAACUUCUGUUCUUGCUUUUAUGUCACAAUAUAAAGGAGUGGUGAAUCAUUGCA